AUGAGUCUGAGUCCAACCACAUUUAAAGUCAAAAUUCCGUUCGUCUAUUUUCAGAAUUAUUUCGGAUUCGGUCAAUCCGCCGAUGUGGACAUCGUAUUUGAUGGGGCGGAAAAUCGUAAAUUGGCCGAGGUGAAAACAGAAGACAGCAAAAAGGAAAAGUAUCUGCUGUACUACGCCGGUGAAACGGUGUCCGGCAAAGUGAAUGUAACGCUACGGAAGCCGGGCAGCAAACUAGAACACCAUGGUAUUAAGAUCGAAUUGAUUGGACGAAUUGAACUGUACUACGGUGGUAAUCACCAUGAGUUCACAUCGUUCGUGAGAGAAUUGGCCCGACCCGGCGAUUUGAUCCAGAACACAAGUUAUCCGUUCGAAUUUGCAAAUGUGGAGAAGCCAUUUGAGGUGUAUGUGGGCUCAAAUGUGCGGUUGAGGUAUUUUUUACGUGUGACGAUUGUGCGCCGCAUCAGUGAUAUUGUGAGGGAAAUUCAUAUUGCGGUCCAUACACUUUGUAGUUAUCCGGAAAUGAAUUGUCCGAUCAAAAUGGAAGUUGGCAUCGAAGACUGUUUACACAUAGAAUUUGAGUACAUUAAAUCCAAGUUAAUCUACUUCCUGUUGGUACGCAUUAAGAUUAAACACAUGGAAAUAGCGAUUAUAAAACGGGAAACAACUGGAUCUGGUCCGAACACGUUCACGGAAAAUGAAACCAUAGCCAAGUAUGAAAUAAUGGACGGCGCUCCCGUCAAAGGUGAAAGCAUACCGAUCCGAGUGUUUCUGGCCGGCUAUGAUCUCACACCAACGAUGCGUGAUAUAAACAGAAAGUUUUCGGUGAGAUAUUUCCUGAAUCUGGUGCUGAUGGACACGGAGGAUCGUCGUUACUUCAAGCAACAGGAGAUAACUUUGUGGCGCAAAGCUGACAAAAGUCGCAAAUCGGCCUUAACAUCGUCAAACAAUCCGCACGUGCCAUCACAUUUAGUUGGUUCGGAUGGUGAAAUCAUGGGUACACAGAAUUCGGCCCAUCAGCCUAAUCAAGAUGAAGAUGGAGCUGCUGGUGACAAUGAUCCGACGAUGGGACUCAGAAAAGCCCACAACAACCACCAAAUGGUACCAUUGGUGAUCAGUCUGCAAUCUGCAUCGCUAUUCGAUGAAGCCACAAAUCCAGCAACAGCACCAAAUUCAACGUCCCAAUUAACUCAAUCAGCAACGGAAGCGGCCGCAGUGUCAGAGUGUAGUAAUAGUGAAAACAAUAGUUCGCCAACAGUUGCUUCGUCAACUAGACCGCUGGCGUCGAAUGUCGAUUCAACAUCCGAAUAA